GAGAUGGAUUGGUCACUACUUCCCUCUUGGUGAUUUUUUUUUUUCCCUAUGUGGUCGCAAGCCCUUUCAUCUUAUAAUCACGCUUGAGAACUUAGCCGUCUUUACAGGCUCUAGUUUGAUGGCUGAAGAGAUGCUUCACGUCCCUAAAAAGAAUAUGGAGAUUUCCCGGAGUGUUCAUGGGCUCUGAGAAGCCCCGAGGACAACACCUAUUUCCUGAGGUCUGGCUGCUUUCGCUUGGAGAGAAAAGAGCAGCAUGGACGUGCUAGAUGAGAACGAGGUCUUGCGGCAGUUCUUUGAAGCUCAGGGAGCCAGCGGUACUCUGGAGAACCCGGCCCUGGAUACGAGUCUGCUGGAAGAAUUCUUGGGCAAUGACUUUGAUUUAGGAGCCUUGCAACGGCAGCUCCCUGACACCCCGCCCUACUCUGCCUCGGACCCUUGCUCUCCUCCACAGGUCGAAGGCGCAUGCUGUGGGACCCCGAGACCUACAGCAGGGAGGAUCCCCGCCACCUUCCUCCACUCCACCACGGCACCCGGGCUGCUGCCUGAGCACGCACCACAGACCAUGUCCAGCCAAACCCACAGCGGCUUUCACAACGGCUACCUGGACUCCAGGCACCCCGAUACUUCUUGCCACCAAACCGGGCCUUCCCAUCUGGGCAUGAGUUGCCCUUACCAUCAGCAGCCUUUGUGCCACGUUCCUGGAACCUCAUUGCCUCCGACAAAGAAGAGAAAGCAUGCGCAGAUACUAGAGGACCCCGGGGACUGCCGCGUGUGGGCCCACCACUUCAGUCCAAUGAGAAGCAGGACCCACGGCACCGAUGUGCAGGACCAUGACAGGGAGGGACAUAAUGGAAUACCCAUGGACCAGUGCUCUCCUGCUCUGAAGUGGCAACCAUACCGAAGUGUUCCUUGGCAUGGCCUGUUAAACAGUCAUUAUGAGAAACUGCCUGACGUGGGCUAUCAAGUUGUGACAGACAAAGGGUUCACAUUCUCACCAGUAGAUGAAGCGUUUGUGUGUCAAAAGAAGAAUCAUUUCCAGAUAACCAUCCACAUCCAAGUCUGGGGAAGCCCGAAGUUUGUUAAAACCCAAAUGGGCCUGAAGCCAAUAGAAAUGUUUUACUUGAAAGCCUUUGGAAUUAAGGUAGAAGCCACCAACCAAGUGAUUGCUAUCGAACAGUCCCAAGCAGAUAGAAGUAAAAAGACUUUCGAUCCUGUUAAAAUCGACCUUCUGACUGACCAGGUUACCAAAGUAACGCUGGGACGGUUACACUUCAGUGAAACCACAGCCAACAACAUGAGAAAGAAGGGGAAGCCGAAUCCUGACCAGAGAUACUUCAUGUUGGUGGUCGGGCUGUAUGCUGCUAACCAAGACCAGUUCUACUUGUUGGCUGCCCACAUCUCUGAAAGGAUCAUCGUACGGGCCUCUAACCCUGGGCAGUUUGAGAACGACAGUGAUGCACUAUGGCAGCGCGGACAAGUUCCAGACUCUGUCGUCUGUCACGGUCGAGUAGGAAUAAACACAGACGCACCCGACGAAGCCCUGGUUGUGUGUGGCAACAUGAAAGUGAUGGGAACCGUCAUGCAUCCCUCUGACAGCCGGGUGAAGGAGAACAUCCAGGAGGUUGACACAAAUGAGCAGCUGAGAAGAAUAGCCCAGAUGAGGAUUGUUGAAUACGACUACAAACCCGAAUUUGCAUCUGCCAUGGGGAUAAACACUGCCCACCAAACAGGAAUGAUUGCCCAAGAGGUACAAGAGAUCCUUCCCAGAGCCGUAAGAGAAGUUGGGGGUGUCACCUGCGGAAGUGGGGAGACGCUGGAGAACUUCCUCAUGGUGGAUAAGGACCAGAUCUUCAUGGAGAACGUCGGGGCGGUGAAGCAGCUCUGUAAACUGACCAACAAUCUGGAAGAAAGAAUAGAAGAGUUGGAAAUCUGGAACAAGAAACUGGCCAGGCUAAAGCGCCUCAGUAGCAGCUGGAAGUCCUCUGUCAGUGAAGCCAGUUCAGUCAGCAAAUUUAGCAGAGCUGUUAGUUCGUCUUCACCAAGAAGGGCCAUUUCCAAAAAGCCCAACAAGGUCUCCUUCACAGAGAGGAAACAGUCCUGUCCUAACUGGGUCUUCCAAACACUGGUUAUAGCUCUAAUUGCUGUAAUGACAUUUUGUGCCUUGACAAUAGUUGCCCUUUACAUACUUAGCUUAAAGGAUCAGGACCGGCACUCCCCAAACCACCCUCUGAGCAAUAUUACAAGUUCUCCGGAGCCAGCUCUUUCAUCCACAGCUUCCCCUCCAGCUUCUCACACAACCUUGGCAACCAUGCAGACCUCCCCUCAAGUGCCUGAAAUCACUUUCUGUGAGAUCCUGACGUGUCAGGAAACGUACUGCUGCCCCGUGUGGGGAUCAAGAAUAUUAUUUUCAAGUUCUACACAAAGACAAUUGGAGGCAGAGAGAGCAAUCCAUCAGAGAUACUGGGCAGAAGACAAAAGCAAAUCAUUCCUGGCAAGAGGUGCGCUUAUCAGCCCUGAGUGGGAGAGUGACGGGAUUGAUACAACCAUCACGUCUAUUCAGAUUAUGGAGAUCCAGCAGACGAUAGACCACCGGUACUGCAGCAGACUGCUUCGCUGCGGGCCCGGACUUUAUAAUUAUAAUAUUCCUGUUAAUAAGAACACACCCACCAACGUCAAAUUCUCUCUGGAAAUCAACACUACAGAGCCAUUGAUAGUCUUCCAGUGCAAAUUUACCCUUGGGAAUAUAUGUUUCCACAGUCAAAGGGAAAGAAGCCAAAGCCACAGACAAGACUCCCCGAUGACUCAGGGGUAUCAGCACAUUUGGAGCCUCCCCGUGGCCCCAUUCUCCGACAGUGCCUACCAUUUCCGAGUAGCUGCACCAGAUUUAGCGGACUGCUCAACGGAUCCUUUUUAUGCUGGGGUUUUCUUCACCGACUACUUCUUGUAUUUCUAUCGACGUUGUCACUAAUUUAUUCAAGUUCAAGGACUGCACCAAAGGGAAGUGCGCAGACAUGCAGUUGACAGAAACUGGCAUUUCCUCUUGCCACUCCUGCAAAGUGUUUAUAUUUUUGCUGAAGAAAUUUUUCAGGUUUGACUUCCAGUGGUUUUGAGACUUAAUGAGGAGAAUAAAGCCUUUGUCGAAGGAUGUGGAGUUGGAUUCUGUCACCUCGAUGAAGGAGACAUGUCUGCGUUGGGUCUGAAAACACAGCUUCCUUUAUACCAGAAGCUGUGAGACCAAGAUUAGCUUGUCUAGAAUUACUCUUGGUUAUCGCGUUUCUAGGCG